GCGCCGGCCCCGGAGCCCGGUCCGCGAGCAGCGGCAGCGGCGGCCGGAGGGGACGAUGAGCGGCGCGGCUCGGGCGGGCCCGGCCCGGCUCGCGGCGCUGGCACUGCUGACCUGCAGCCUGUGGCCGACGCGGGCGGACAACGCGAGCCAGGAGUACUACACGGCGCUCAUCAACGUGACGGUGCAGGAGCCCGGCCGCGGCACCCCGCUCACGUUCCGCAUCGACCGCGGGCGCUACGGGCUCGACUCACCCAAGGCCGAGGUCCGCGGCCAGGUGCUGGCACCGCUGCCCAUCCACGGAGUUGCUGAUCAUCUGGGCUGUGACCCUCAAACACGAUUCUUUGUCCCUCCUAAUAUCAAACAGUGGAUCGCCUUGCUGCAAAGAGGAAAUUGCACCUUUAAAGAGAAAAUAUCACGGGCUGCUUUCCACAAUGCGGUUGCUGUAGUCAUCUACAAUAAUAAAUCCAAAGAGGAGCCAGUCACCAUGACUCAUCCAGGCACGGGAGAUAUUAUUGCUGUCAUGAUAACAGAAUUGAGGGGUAAGGAUAUUUUGAGUUAUCUGGAGAAAAACAUCUCUGUACAAAUGACAAUAGCUGUUGGAACUCGAAUGCCGCCAAAGAACUUCAGCCGUGGCUCUCUAGUCUUCGUGUCAAUAUCCUUUAUUGUUUUGAUGAUUAUUUCUUCAGCGUGGCUCAUAUUCUACUUCAUUCAGAAGAUCAGGUACACAAAUGCUCGUGACAGGAACCAGCGUCGUCUUGGAGAUGCAGCCAAGAAAGCCAUCAGUAAAUUGACAACUAGAACAGUGAAAAAGGGCGAUAAGGAAACAGACCCAGACUUCGACCACUGUGCAGUCUGCAUAGAGAGCUAUAAGCAGAAUGAUGUUGUUCGGAUUCUCCCCUGCAAGCAUGUUUUCCACAAAACAUGUGUGGAUCCCUGGCUUAGUGAACACUGUACAUGUCCUAUGUGCAAACUUAAUAUUUUGAAAGCCCUAGGAAUUGUGCCAAAUCUGCCAUGUACUGAUAAUGUAGCGUUUGAUAUGGAAAGGCUCACCAGAACCCAAGCAGUUAACCGAAGAUCAGCCCUUGGUGACCUUGCCAGCGACAGUUCCCUUGGCCUUGAGCCACUGCGAACUUCAGGCAUAUCACCUCUUCCUCAAGAUGGGGAGCUCACUCCUCGAACGGGUGAAAUCAACAUUGCAGUAACAAGUGGGCACUUCUUUCACCGGAACUCCCUGUCACCUCGUAGCCUGGUGUACGAAAGUGAAUUCUCCACAAUUGAACCAUCGUUGGACAUGUAUGAUGAGAACAAAACCUGAAUUUUUUUAAAUGGGCUGUUGGGGGUCUCUCCUUUUGAGAUUUGAUUUAUCGUCACCUUUCUUAUUUUGUAUUUUUCUGUCAUCGUCCGUUUUGGAAGAAUGGCAGUACCUCUGGGUGCAAGUUGGGGUUCUGAGUUAAAUUGCAGAGUUCCCCCAAGGUGAGGUUUGAGGACAUUAUUGCCCAGGUGAGCCUCAUGGUACUGAAGACCCACCCAGAGCUGACCCCUGAGCAUGGGCACCCCAUGAGCCUUGCCGUUUCCAGAGAAGAGAUGGGGCCAGGGGCUAAUGAUGCGUUUGUUGCAAAUGUGUCCAUGUCCCCAAGUAGUCGCACGCCGUUCUGUGUCAGGGUGACAUUGGGUUUUUGUAAAAUACAUUUUGUGGUCCACACAUGCACACAGAAGCCUGCAGAUAAAAGUCCCACCAAUGCAGAUCUGAGUCAUGGCUCCUUGACCUGCUUCACUUUGUCUUCUGUCUCUUACUGUGUUUCCUGGUAAAAGGCCUCUUCCUACAGAGCAUCCUCCAAGAGAAGAUUCAUCUUCCUCCCCCUUCUGCAGCGCCGACCACCGGUGUCCUCCAGAGCUCUGGACACAGAAUCUGCUCUCACAGGAUCAGACAGUCACCUACCUUGUUGUUUUCCAGCAUCUGUGAUGAGCAUGACAUAAGAUGACAAGUAUUUACAUAGACACUAGACAUGGAAGGCAUCUGUCCCCACUGUCUGUGGUGUAUAUGGAGAGGUGGCAGCGGGAGCCUAGCAUGAUGACCACAUGGGAGAAGGUUAACCGUCAUCCACACCAAAAUAGUUUUAAAUGUUUUAUUGGGAAGUGCAAACCAACAUCCUGUUAAAUACCAUGGGGACCCCUCUUCCAUCUUGAUUGUAUAAUCCAGUGCUAUCCUGCCAGCCUCGGCACCAACAUGAAGAAACAUUGGAGUGCUGGCAGCCAGACUUUCGGAAGAGGAUGCUGUGGCCAGCAUGGUGGACACUGGGAACAUGUGUGCUUGUCACACACAUCUAGAAUGACAUCAAGUUACUAUGAGAGGCAUAUGGCCUACAGUGUGGGACCAGGAUGAGCCAGUCACCUCCUUCCUGCAGGAUCUCAUACCACAGUCAGCUGCUUCUCACCAGAGUGAAGAUGUUCAGAUCCUGGAUAGAGGAAUGCAGCUCCAGUGUCCAGACGUGUGUGUGUGUGUGUGUGUGUGUGUGUGUGUGUGUGUGUGUAAGAGAGAGUGUGUGUGUAUGUGUGAGAGUGUGUGUGUAUUCGUGUAUGUGUGAGAGUAUGUGUAUAUGUAUGUGUGUAUGUGAGUGUGUGUGUGAGAGAGAGUGUAUGUAUGUGUAUAUGUAGGUGUGUGUGGGUCACAUGAGCAGAUGGGGAGGCCCCCACCCUGUCACUUUUAUUGGCUCUGUGGGUCAUUAAGUUUGAGGCACAUGCAUGCCAUCUUCACACAUGCGGCUCCUUCUCUUUCACAUCAUCUUAUAACAUGUCGCUAGGAUCCCUCAGAUGUCCCUGUGCCUGAAACAGACCCUCAGAGAACCUUAGUGCUGACAGCCUGUAAGAACAUGGUCACAGGGUGAGCCCAUACUCCACUUGAGUAAUUUGAAGCUGGACCAGGGCCGACCUCUAAGGUCUUGACUGCUUUAACUCUUUACUGCUUACCAAGGGCUUUUGUCUUUCCUUUUAUAGUCUUUGUACUAUAAAAAUAUUUUUGAUAAAGCUUCAAUAGAUUAUCGUUCUGAAAGACAGGUUCUCAGUCAGAGCAUUCUCAACAGAAGAGUAGACUGCCAAGGUCCAGAGGCUCAGCGGAUGCUGUAAUUGCCAUGUUGCCCGUAGCCUUGUUUUCCCCAUAACCAAAACUCAGAUCCCAGUGAGUCAUUUUCUUCAGGUCUCAACAGUCUUAUAAGGCACAUACAUUAAAUCAUUAAAUUCCACUCUAGACAAUUUCCUUACUGAGCAAACUAAAGGAAAGCAAUCGCUUGGGGGAAAAUUUUUUAGUUGAGUCUCUACUGAGAUGAUAUUUGAACCCCUGGGAAAUCUGGAGCAUGCAUUCACUGUAGAACAGCCAAGGAGGCAGUUCUUAGGAAGGAAUUUGCUCCAGCACCAGGUUGACCCCUUUUUCUGAAAACUGGGGCCACCUUCAACUCGGCUCCAGAAUGUCCUGUGCUCAUCAGGAGGGGACUGAUUUCUUUGUGGAGGACACGUGCUUUGGGAGAACAGAAGAUAACAGCUUCCUGCCAGCAGCUAUGAUGAGAGGACUCCCAUGAAGCCACCCAGGUCCCCAGGUCCAUUACUGGCAUAUACCACAGAACAUACACCCAGCAGGAUCUACAGCCACGGCAGCAGUAGCGGCAGACUGGACUGUGGUGUCAAUACAAAGGCUAAACCUUUUGAGAUACCUAGCUUCCUCGUGGAGGGGCCGCUUUGGGCUAGUUACUUCCAGGAGAAAGGAGAGCUGACUGGCUGGACGUCCAGGUGUGAAGAAGUCUCCAGAGGGUCUCUGGAAAUAAUGAGUGUGACCAUCCAGGACCCUGCCUUUGCUCCCCUCCAAGGAAAACAGGCUCUACCAUCAGCAGUUUAAAACUCCUUCCAAAGCCCACUAAGCCUUGCUUCUGAAUCAGCCUCGUCAGUCCCUCAUGGGAACAUCAAUAAGGCACAUCCCUGAAUGCCGGUCUGUCCUGAAGUCUGUGCUUCCCAUCUGUCCUGAUGCAUGACAGCCCAGAUGCCAGAAGAUGGGGUCCAAAGGCAUUAGGCAAAAAGUAACUGAGUUUUACUAAUUGGCACAGCCUAUGGACUUUAUAAGUCUCCCUAGUUUUGUCACCUCCAUGCUUUCACUGAUCUGUGUGCUAAAUGACACCAAACCAAGGGAAAUCCACCUGUUCUUUUCCUGUUAACUUUUACUGAAGGGGACCUUGUUCUGCUACAACAAACAAGGCUGUGAUUUCACACCAGGAAUCCUGCUCAUAAACGUCAAGAAAGGAAACGGCCCAAUUUAAGACUGGUAUUUGGAAGAGAGAGGCAGGACCAUGGAGUUAGUUUUGUCAACAGCCUUUUUUAUAUUAUUUUAGGUCUUUUCUUUUUUAGUUUUUUUGAGACAGGGUUUCUCUGUGUAGCCCUGGCUGUCCUGGUACUCACCCUGUAGAUCAGGAUGGCCUUGAACUUGAACUUGGAGAUCCUCCAGCCUCUGCCUCCUGAGUGCUGGGUUUAAAGGCACCAGGCCCAGGCUGUUGACAGAUUUUUAUAAAGUUCUCAUUGUGUACCUGACUUGUGCACUUGGAGUUAAGGUAGAUCAGUAGUCAUGAAGACCUGGAGGGUGAGGGUGCAUCUCAGUGGUUGAACACCUCAGUGCUUGAGCCUGUUUGGCUGUCCUGAAAACUGGCAUGUUGGCAACAGUUUGCAGAGUGAGAGCAAUGAAAUGAGGGUGAGUCUAUGGGAGGCAGUCCCCUGGGCCUAGGUGGAGGAUCAGUGCCUGCUGAGUCUGGGGGAAGGCCCUGAGGAGGAGCAGGAGAAAGGCAAGGUCCUUGGGUUGAAGCAUCUCCCUGACUGGGGCAGGGGAAGCUCCAGAACUUUGCUUGGGAAAACACCAUGAGCAGCAGGCUGUGUGAGAGCAGAGGGCAGACAGGCCCUGCAGGGGACUGACACCCUAACAGUUGGCUUAGAAUCAAGGCACUCCAGAUUGAGCUGACUAUAGGUAGGGAAACAAGGGGGGCUGUGAGAUAGAAAUGGAAGUCCGAUUUAUUCUUUUUUUUUUUUUCCUGAGACAAGGUUUCUUUGUGUAGCCUUUGCUAUCUUACAACUCGCUCUGUAGACCAGGCUGGUCUCAAACUCUCAUAGAUAUGGCUGUCUCUACCUCCCAAGUGCUGGGACAAAAGGCGUGCACUGCCUCCACUUGUCUCGGUGAUUGGGUGAAUGUUGGUAGGGUCCCGGAGAGCCCAUAAAACCCGGCCCUGAGGUGGUCUCCACACCAUCAUAGCCCCUGGGAGGCGCCGCAUCUUCCCUUCCGCCACCCUGUGCAGAGGUUUGCGCUCUAGGCACUACACUCACCCUGGCAGAGGUGACUCUCAAUUCCGAUGAUGGUUAACCUGUCUAGAGAAGGGGGAGUACGUAAGAUGCUUGGGUGUGGUUGAGCUCACUGCAGGGCUGUAAGUAUUGUGACGUCAGAAAAGGACCGGAAGGAGUAUGGGGACUAAAAUGUCUGUAGCACAGCACUGUUUGCCUGAGUGUGUCUGGAGAAGCAGAAGCAAAGCCACUGGCAAGCAGCUCUUGCAGACUCCUUGCGUCUGACUGGCUGACCCCGAGGCCCUCUGCAGAUCACAGUAUUUACAAGUCACACCAGCCUCAUGGAGCCUGGGUGGCAGGGUCUGAAAUUAGUGGUCAGGAGGCCACCUUGUAGCCAAGGAACUCCUUCAGGACUCUGACAGGACUGAUAGGUUCCACUCUUCUUUAUCAGCGAUCCCAGAAAACUGACCUUUGAUGAAGACAGGCCAGGUGGGCCCCAGCAGGCCUGGAAUAAAAGCAGUCACCUGUGUCUUCCAGAGCCACGACUCCACCAGCCUACAGUGACUGUAGAGAGGGAGCUGGAAGCCUCAGCAGCUACAAGGGUGACAUUUCUGCACUACAGACAUGGUUCUAAGAGCCCUGACAUGGCCCUGUGGAGGCUGCCCAUCCCUUGAUCGCCCUCCUGCAGUCCUCCCUAGACUUACACUUUUUUUCCUACUUUCUUCACUCUGACUUGGGAAGAAAGAAGCGUGUGGCAAAAGGCAGAGUAGCCUUUGAACUUCAUGCAACCCAAGUGUUGAACUUUCAGGAGGAUUCUUGCCACCAGAGUAACUAGGGCCUCUGUCCCUAGAUCCCUCCGUUUCCUCCUAUGGAUUCUUUACGACAGGUCUGAGGUGGUCCAAACCCCACUUCACAACCUAAAACAGUGAUCUUUCGCAGAAGCAUUGGUGACGCUGGAGCUGAAGGCGGAGGCUUCACAGGAGUUAGCUGCACUCCUUGUCCUCCUGAGGAAAGGUGGAGCUGCCGAGCUGCCCACCUCCCCCUGUGGUAGACCCUCCAUCCUCUCCCCUGCCCCUAUCCCUGGGACAUUUGAUGCUGAUGUGACUCAUUUCUCUCCAGCCCCCUCAACUCCACUUGCUGGUCAGGUGCAUGCAUGGGGAAGAGACAGGUUGGCACCCACAAGAUCUCCCUUCCCAUCAGCAACCGUCACCUGAUCCUGCACACCUCUUUCCAGACACUACCAACAGGUAACCCAACAUAACAUGAAUUCUAGCCUGCUUUGGAAUUACCCUUCAUCCACAAUUAAGUCUAAAUGUAUUUGCAUUAUGAUAUUAAAGGAUUUUUCUAAUGACUGGAAGGCAUUGAACCAAAAUGUUUGUUCUAAAAAAACGUAGGAGAGUUGGGUAAAAUGUGACAUCCCAGGCCAUAUUUUUCCCUUCAGGUAAGCAAGCUACAUCCGCCUACUGCCAGCCAUGCUUUAUGCCUCAAUUACUAGGUAUGGCCUGCUUCCACACCUAGACCUUUUGGGGGCAGCCACAAGGACACAUGCCACCUUCCUUGCAGCCCCAGCUGGCUUGCUGACCUGACUAGGAGACAGCUGUCUUGGCUGGUGCUUGGGGUAGGAUCUGGAAUCUUCAGCCCAGCGUGGGAGGUGAGAUGGACUCUUAAGUGGCCCCACUUCUUCCAAGGAAACAGAAAAGAGCCCAAGCUGGGAGGCGAUGCGGAUGUGGGUGGAGAAAAACAUUGUCUCAUCGUCAUGUGCUGCACCUGUAGAAGGAGCGGCAUCAGUUUAAAUCCCAGGCCGCAUGUGUCACAGUCAGUUUUGACUCUCAGUAGCUUUCACAGUCACAGAAAACACUGAAGUCACCCCUUUCCUAUCUGGGUUAUUCAAAGAGCCCCACUUAUUCUGGGUUCCUGUUGACUAUGCACAACAUCUCAGAGGAUGGUAUACAAAACUAUUUUUCUAACCUUAGCACAGGUAACUUCGGGUGAGGAAGCUCAGAAUACACCUAAGGCAGAUGGCAAGGUGGGGGCACCUGGAGGGAUAAGAGGGAAAUAUGCACUUGAAUUUCUUUCACCAGUAGAUAGCUUGUGCCAGAAAGAGCACACAUCAAGGACUCAAGAAGCAAAAUUGCUCAUUAGCUUAAUCUAGGACUCACUGUAAGGGGUUACUCUGUCAAGAACAGACACCGGAAAGUACAGUGUGAGCUUAUUUCUUGACACCAGAUCUGUCAACCCCUGGAAAUGGGCAGCACAACCUCUAGGUCCACAUGGUUGAUGUAAGUAUAACUAAGUAGUGAAAUUGUCUGGCAUGUACCUCUAUGCCAAUAGUGUACACCUGUAUGUGUGGAAUUUGCUAAUAUAACUGUUUCAAUAAAAACCUAUUGAAAAAGC